AUGACCAAGGACGCAUACGACGGCAUAAAGCUACUGUUCAAGCUUAUCACUGAUGUGUUCUUUCGAGAAAUUAAAGUGAGUGGUGCUCAUAAUGUCCCUAAAGAUGAACCAUGUAUCUUCAUUGUUGCCCCUCAUGCAAACCAAUUCGUUGAUCCUGGAAUGGUCAUCAUAUCCAACCCUCGUAGAUUCUCACCUUUGAUGGCAGAGUCUUCGUUCAAGCGCAAGAUUAUUGGCGCUGUUGCUCGAGCAUUGAGAGCAAUCCCCGUUAUUCGCCCACAAGAUCUCGCCACCAAAGGCAAAGGCCAGCUCCUGGCAAACAAAGAGUCCCCUACUACAUUAAAUGGCAAAGAUACCCAAUUCAAGACGCAAGUCGCACCUAAAGAUACGAUUGUGCUUUCGAAAACGCUCUCGUUCGUGGUGACUGAAGUUGUAUCCGAUACCGAGUUGAAACUAAAGACCGAGUUGACCCUGGAAGCCAUGGAAUACAUCUCUCACUCUACUGCUUACAAGAUCAUCCCUCACAUUGAUCAGAGCGUUUUGUAUGAAAAAGUACACGAACGAUUGAAUCAGAACGAAUCUAUUGUUAUUUUCCCCGAAGGAGGUAGUCAUGAUAGAUCAGAAAUGCUUCCAUUGAAAGCGGGUUUUGCCAUCAUGGCAUUGAGUGCUAUGGCCGAGAAUAAGGAUCUCAAGAUCAAAAUUGUGCCUGUGGGCCUCAACUACUUUCAUCCUCAUCGCUUCAGAUCCCGUGCUGUUGUCUCGUACGGUGUUCCCAUCACCGUUGACCCUGAAUUGGUAGCGGCUUAUAUGAAGGGCGGACCAGCCAAGCAUGAUGCUAUAUCAAAAGUAUUGGAAGCUGGAUACGAAGGACUGAAAAGUGUCACCAUCAAUGCACCCAACUAUGAUACGCUGAUGAUUAUCACUACUGCACGUCGUUUGUAUAGACCUGCCGCAGAGCAUAAGCUGACCAUCGAUCAAGUAGUUGAAUUGAACCGAAGAUUCCUGCUUGGUUACAGACAUUUCGAAAAGGAUCCUCGGUUGCUUGAUCUCUCCCAACGCAUCAAAGCAUACAACAACACGCUCAAAUACUUCGGUCUGAAAGACUACCAAGUGGCGAGAACACAAUAUACAGCCUAUUCAGCGGCACCCAUUCUGGUCUCUCGUAUCAUCAAACUCGUUUUCUUAGCAAUUUUUGGUUUUCCAUCGCUUUUGAUCAAUUCGCCACUGAUCAUUCUGUCGCUGGUGAUCAGUCAAAAGAAACAAGAAGAGGCACUGGCUGGUUCCUCUGUCAAAAUUGCCGCGCGCGAUGUGCUUGCUACCUGGAAGAUUUUAGUUGCAUUAGUUGGUAUGCCUGCAUUGUAUAGCUUCUACUCAUUUUUGUUAUUUCUGUACCUGUAUCGUCACGGCUAUGCUCAUUCUUUCGGAUUUUCAUUGCUGGUGUGGGCUGCAUUGCCGUUCAUUCAGUACUUUUGCGUUCUGGUGCUGGAGAACAGCAUCGACAUUUACAAAUCGCUGAAGCCGCUCUUCAUGUCGCUCAGCAAUCCUGAUGGAGCUGCUGAACUACGCAGAAUGAGAGAGAACUUGUCAGACACCAUCACCGCAUUUGUGGAUGAAAAUGGGUCCACCGCCUUGAGAGACUUUGACAAGAGCAAGUUUGACAAGAUGGAGCUCCAUGAAAAGAUCGAAUCUAGACGAAUUCUCAACGGCCUGGACAUUGCUCCAACUGUGCUUACCAAGUGGUUUGACGACAAGAAUUUGUUUAAUUUCAAUUCAAACAGUAGUAGCAACGGUUCCGAUGAUUCUGAAAGCGAAUAA